UGUAAACAAAAUGGAGGACUUUUGGAGACAAUAACAUUUACUUGACACAAAAACAUGUAAAGUUUCAGGAUUUUGUUAAUAUUAUGGCAUUUAACUCUCAUUUCAAACCAUUUUUUGAUCCUAAAAAUGAAAAAACACAGCGAAACAUCGUUGGAACAAUCAGCUCCACGAAGUCGAAUGACGAGACGAGUGCGAUUCAACAGCAGAGGGCACCUGUUACAGUAUCAAAAUGGAUUGUACAGUACAAAAUACGGUGAGGAGAAUCCACAGCUCUGCCCAGGACGAAUUUUUGCCCUCAGUGCUCUUAGAGACAAUAAAUGCCAGGAAAAUUGGGGGCCAUAUGUGCAUAAACAAGGUGAUCUUUUUUAUCUGGAUGUGAAACAAGACAACAAAAGCAAGUAUCAGCAAAGAGGGCAUGUAUCCGAUUGGUCCUCCAAUCACCAUGUGGAGCAGUCACUGAAUUCUGGGAACUCAUACACACACAGUGGGGAUCACAGUCAUCUGGAAAAUAACAAUCAGCCUCUAUAUACCAAGAGCUCUGCUGCAGAGACAAAGUAUAAUAAGAAUGAGGUACAGGUGUCAGGAAGUGGUUACAAACAUUUUAAACCUAAAAUUUUGUUUAGUGAUCAGAACAUGUUAAAAGAAAAUGAUUUUAAUUCUGAAAAUUGUGUCGAAAGUGAUACUCACAAAAAGCUAGGUAAUGGACAGAUCCUUAGUUCUUCCUGCCCUCCAAGUGAGGAUAAAAUCAAGCAUGUUUAUUUGGUGCCAAACAUAAGAAACUGUUGUUCAAGUGAUAAAUCUGGAAUCAUUCUUUGUGAAAAGCUUUUUGGGAUUGUGUUAUGCCAGUAUAACCAAAGGACUCCUCAACAUAUGCUUAAUGGUAGCACAUUAGAAAAGCUGGCCAGAGAAAGGAAAAUCAUUGUACAAGAUGUCUUACAGGCCAGUCCUGCCAAACAAUCGGCUCAAAUUUUUAGAGGAGAUAUGUUGGUGUGUUUAAAUGACAUUGAAUUAACAUGGGUAAACUUGGAUGAAAUUUUCAGAUCAAUCACCAAUAGACCAGUAAAGCUAACCUUCCAACUUCCUGUGGUUAUUGGGCCAGAUAAAAACCCACCACCUUCACGCGUCCCUCCACCUCUACCUCCCAAAACAUACCCCCACAAAGUCAGCACCUGUACAGUGGUCCCCACAUCCCCACACCAACCACCAAAGAAACAGCGUCCCCAGCUGGGGGAUAACAUCCUCCAAUUAGUGUCCGGUGAAGAUAAGUCCAGACUUGUCUUAUUUCUGAAGAACAUAAUGUGUGCUGUUAUGUACUUGACUUUAGACUCCCCUGAACCAGAGGAGUCAUCAGAAAACACAAAAGAAGACAUUGUGUAUCAGUUUCCUUGUGACCUUGAGAACAAACUUGUUGAUGUCAGAGGGUUAUUUUUGACAUUGUGUGGAACCGUCCCAGACAUCACUGGCAAUAAUGUUAAAUGUUGUACCAUUAGUCACAAAGGGCAGACAAUCCAUGUAGUGUUCAUACGAGAAGGCCAGGACUUGUUCUUGAUGGGCUUUCCCCAAUCCAGAGUUCCUCUGGCAUUCUGUGAGGUUGUUAUGAAGGAAAUGCAUAGACUCCUUAAGGUUUUAUUUGGUUCCGUGGUCAGUGCUUUUCGGUCUCCAAAGUUUCGUGUCCAGCUGGAUCAGCUGUUUUCUCUAACUCUCCACACAGUACUUCUGAAUCCAGACAUAAUCCAACAUGGAACAAACUCCAGUAUUCCAGCCCAAGUCUUCUUUGAAUCAAUAACAGGAGCUCAGAGGCUCAUCCUUACUCAGGAAAAUAUGUUACUCUGUGAUGAAAUAUUGAGUGAAUUCGAAGCUGCUGACUUUGAUGAGUUUAUGGAAGAGGAAGAUCUGUUUGAAAGGAGAACAUUUACUGUGUUAGGGACCUGUCUAUACUAUAAGGAAUAUCUCCUGUGUAACCACCUACCAGUCUCUGAUUUCCAAGAUGUCCACCUCUUUGUUAAAUAUCACAGCCUGCUUCAGCUAAUGGGCAGAAAGAGUGUGGAAGAUCUGGUAAUUUGGAGGGAAAUGUUUCCUACCCGUCGAUGUCACUGUAGGGAGGCCCCACCCCCAGGGUAUACAGAGCCCACAGGGCACUGGUUUCUGCUACUUGUGGGAAUGAAACAUUUUUUAUUGGGUACCUUGCUUGAGAUGGGAGGUUGCACAAAGACACGGAAUAUUCCACUGUCUCCUGAUCCAUUCUAUGUGAGUCAAGCUAAGGCCACUCUACUGCAGUUUGAGACCGAUGAUGUUGCGAUGGCUCAGUGCUGUGAGAAAAGAUUGACAGCAGAAUCCAGUGGUCCUACUUUGGUCAGUGCCGAUUCUAUGUUACUUGGUAUCAAAUCAAAGAAGGAAGAUGGGUCAUUUAUCAGUCCUGCCAAAGUGCAGGAAUCUCCCAAGAGCCCUACCAUUCUGUCCCCCACUUACACUCUCCUCUUUAAGUGGCCACUUUCUCCAAAUAAUGACACCAACACUGGGUUGACAGAGGAAUCCUCAGAUCAAUACAGGGGUGGAUCCAAUAGUGACGUUUCCACUCCUAUAAUGAAACGCCAUGGAAGUCGUUUAUCAUAUGGUUCCAAUGAUUCUGCAGGAAGUGGGAGUAGCUCUGGGCCACACAACAAGGGAAAAUUGGGCAGCAAAUCUGGUUCAGUCUUUGAUGUCAAUAGUAAUAACAGUGCAAUUCAUCCAGAACCAUACAAAGUAAUCAGAGUAACCAGAGGUUGCCAGAACACGUUGUUUCAUGCUGUUCAGUUUGACAGUGUGGAGGGUGUGUUUAUCUCCCCUACCCCACAGGCUAUGGCUGUCUCCCAGGGACAUCUUCAUGGUCAGGUUCUCUUCAACUUCUACAAGAGUUGUCUGCAAAUACGCAAUUCAUUUCACAGCAACCUUCCUCAACAGGCCAAACUGAAUCCACGGAACUUGAAGUGGGGAGUGAACUCAAUGUGUCUCCAGGAGCAGGGAUUGCUGUUUAGUUAUGUGCAGCCUCAGGAAAACAAAAAAACACCAAUAACUCUAACAUACUGGGUAGUGGGACGAAUAUUACAACAGGACAAGGAGCUGUACGUGUGUUUCCAUGAAUCUAUUCCUCAGUCCACUGUUGAGCUGGCCUUCAGGGUGGGGUUUGGUACAUGAAUCUAUUCCUCAGUCCACUUUUGAGCUGGACUUCAGGGUGGGAUUUGGUACAUGAAUCUAUUUCCCAGUCCACUGUUGAGCUGGUCUUCAGGGUGGGGUUUGGUACAUGAAUCUAUUCCUCAAUCCACUGUUGAGCUGGCCUUCAGGGUGGGGUUUGGUACACGAAUGUAUUCCUCAGUCCACUGUUGAGCUGGCCUUCAGGGUGGGGUUUGGUACAUGAAUCUAUUCCUCAGUCCACUGUUGAGCUGGCUUUCAGGAUGGGAUUUGGUAAAUGACAGCCUGACAUGUGUGCCAUAUAGUUUUUUUAAUGAUUACCCAGUGAAAAAAAAUACAGGAUUUAGUUUGCAUGACUGAAAAUUCCUCUUGCCACAAGGAAGUAGUUAGUUGUGGGAUAAAUACACCAUUCAAGGCUACUCACAGCAGUUAUAACUACACAAAUUGUUCAGAACAUUUAUAUAUUUCAUAUAUAGGUCUUUCAGAGUGUGAGAUUAUGUACAUUUUAACAUGGAAUAUAAAGAAUCCAUCAACAGGUUAACAGACACAAUCUUUAUUUUUUUUUCUGUGAUACACUUUAAGUCUGUGGUAACCGUGAAUGAUAUUUGUUAUAUUUUAUUUUUUUGAUAGGUACAAACAAAUUUGUGGUGCUACAUUUCACAAAGAUCAUUUCCAAUUUUUUUUUACUGUUUACUUUUUAUUAUAUGUGUUUUUGCCUUUUAAAAAUCCAAUUAAAUG